CAUGACAUCUCUGAGGGGUGGGAGUGGAGAUGAUUGCAUAUACUCUACAACAUCUGACCAUAACUGUUAACACUUUCUGACCUUCUGUCUAUUUGCUGGUUUGAAGUUCGUCCUCAGUGCAGGUCAACCGACUAAAAGCAGCUGCAGUACAAUGGCUGCCUUUCUUCAUCACUGCCCCUUUCUGAAGUCUGCCCCUAAGCCGGCUCUGAGGAGAACAGGGGCCACCUUAAUGUCUCUGGCCGAUCGAUGCCCCAUCAUCGCUCGCCAGGUCAGUGUGAGCAGCCCAGCCUCUCUGGAGGACAAGCUGAGCAUCUCACCCACAAAGCCAAAAACUCCCAGAGUUUCUGCAGUGGACCAAAAGAGGCUGUUUGCUCAAACAGCUACUCAUGUGGCUGUGACUGUAUCAAAAGACUGCCCCUUUGUUACCUCUCAGUUCGGGGUGGUCCGAGCCAGACCAGAAGUACAGGAGGAUGUCAAAGAAGAUAAAAUGAUUUCACUGCUGAAGAGUUUUAAGGAUUUAAGGAUGCUCCCAACAUCAGAUCAAAACAACACAGUCACCCACCUCCUCAAGGACAGCAUGAUGGGCCCCAGCUACGACUAUGACCGCUUCUUCAUUGAGAAGAUUGCUGAGAAAAAGAAGGACCACACUUACAGAGUCUUCAAGACUGUAAAUAGGAGCGCUGAGAUCUUCCCUUUUGCUGAGGAUUACUCCAUCAAUGGGCGGGAGGCCUCCCAGGUGUCGGUCUGGUGCAGCAACGACUAUCUGGGGAUGAGUCGGCACCCACGAGUCCUCAGUGCAAUCAGAGAUGCCCUGGAGAGACACGGUGCAGGAGCAGGUGGAACCAGGAACAUCUCAGGCACCAGUAACUAUCAUGUGUCUCUGGAGAAGGAGCUGGCUCAUUUACACCAGAAAGAUGCAGCUCUGGUCUUCUCUUCCUGCUUUGUGGCAAAUGACUCCACCCUCUUCACUUUGGCAAGGAUGCUUCCAGGAUGCGAGAUCUACUCUGAUGCAGGGAACCACGCAUCAAUGAUUCAGGGCAUCAGGAACAGCAGAGCCAAACGCUUCAUCUUCCGCCACAAUGACAGCCGUCACCUUGAGGAAUUGCUGAAAAAGUCUGACCCCAAGACACCCAAAAUAGUGGCGUUUGAGACGGUGCAUUCAAUGGACGGUGCCAUAUGUCCUCUGGAAGAGCUGUGCGAUGUAGCUCAUCGUUAUGGAGCUCUGACGUUUGUUGAUGAGGUUCACGCUGUGGGUCUGUACGGAGCCCAUGGAGCCGGAGUGGGAGAGAGGGACAAUGUUAUGCACAAGAUUGACAUUGUUUCUGGGACUUUAGGCAAAGCCUUUGGCUGUGUUGGAGGCUAUAUCGCCAGCAGCGCCGCCCUGGUGGACACUGUGCGCUCCUACGCAGCUGGCUUCAUCUUCACCACUGCCCUGCCCCCGAUGGUCCUGUCUGGAGCCCUGGAGUCCGUCCGAGUCCUGAAGAGCCCUGAGGGACAGAAGCUCCGCAGAGACCACCAGAGGAACGUCAAACACAUGAGGCAGCUGCUCAUGGACAAGGGCCUGCCUGUGGUCAACUGUCCCAGUCACAUCAUCCCCAUACAUGUGGGCAACGCUGAACUGAACACCAAGAUGUGUGACACCCUGCUGGAGAGACAUAACAUCUAUGUCCAGGCCAUCAACUACCCCACAGUGCCUCGUGGCGAGGAGCUGCUGCGCCUGGCUCCAUCUCCUCAUCACAAACCCCCAAUGAUGGAGUACUUUGUGGAUAAACUGGUGGAGGUGUGGAAGGAAGCAGGACUCCCCCUCAACAACUCGGCCUCGGCUUCUUGCACCUUCUGUGACCGUCCGCUACACCUUGACCUUAUGAGCGAGUGGGAGAAAUCCUGCUUCGGCAACAUGGAACCACAAUAUAUUACUGUGUAUGCAUAAUACCAAAGUGCAUGUAGUUACUCAUACAGUAUAUGUAUACAUUUAAUGAUAGGUAUAUUCAACAUCCUUUUAAUUUGUGAAGUCCAGAUGCUCUGAGACGUGUACUGAGGUACUGAUUUGUAGCACAUUUGGCCAAAUUGCAGUUUAUUUAUUUCUGUUUUCCUGCAUUUAUGCUCACUAAAUUGUGUUUGCUGUCAUGGACAUGAUUAAAUAAAGUUGUGCAUCCUCCAUUUAUUUAUUUUUUAAGCAUAAAACCUGCACACUGGGCACUUUCUUUAAAUUAUUUAUCUAGGUGUGAUGGUUUGAAUUAAACUAUGCUAUUUUAUUUCAUGUUGCGUGAUUUCCUUAACACCAUUUAAUCAUCAUGCUUUGCGUCCAUUUCCACAAUAACUCAAUAGCUGAAGUUUCAGUCAUAAAAUGUAUGAACUAUAAUCAAAGCCUCAAAACAUUCAAUAAAUUUAUGGUGUUGAGAA